CAAUACAUACACACAGCAAGAGAUGAGUAAGAAUAGAUAGUGAGAAUUGUUUGGCAAAGUGGAUACUACUUUUAUUGCAGAAUUUCAACUUUCAUGGACACUACUACUACUACUAGGGAAUCCUUUUCCGGUCCGAUAAAAGCACGAGAUGUUUGUAUUGUUGGGGUCGCUCGGACGCCGAUCGGCGGCUUCCUUGGCUCUCUUUCCUCUUUAUCAGCCACCCAGCUUGGUUCUAUAGCUAUUCAAUCUGCUCUUAAAAGAGCGGGUCUCGAUCCAUCUUUGGUGGAAGAAGUUCUCUUUGGAAAUGUUCUCAGUGCAAAUUUAGGUCAAGCUCCUGCCCGACAGGCUGCCUUGGGUGCUGGUAUACCCAAUUCCGUUAUUUGUACAACAAUCAACAAAGUAUGUGCAUCAGGGAUGAAAGCUACAAUGCUUGCUGCACAGACAAUCCAAUUGGGGGCCAAUGAUGUGGUUGUGGUUGGUGGCAUGGAGAGCAUGUCUAAUGCACCUAAAUAUGUCGUAGAAGCAAGGAAGGGAUCCCGGUUCGGACAUGACACUAUCAUUGAUGGAAUGCUUAAAGAUGGGCUGUGGGAUGUGUAUAAUGAUUUUGGGAUGGGAGUAUGUGCAGAAUUUUGUGCAGAUCGAUACAAAAUUUCUAGAGAGGAGCAGGACAAUUAUGCUAUUCAAAGCUUUGAACGUGGAAUUGCUGCACAAAAAAGUGGCGCCUUUUCCUGGGAAAUUGCUCCAGUUGAAGUAUCUAAAGGAAGAGGGAACUCAUCAAUUGUUAUCAACAAAGAUGAAGAUUUGGGGAAGUUUGAUCAUGUGAAGCUAAGGAAACUUAAACCAAGCUUCAAAGGUGGAGGUUCGGUUACAGCUGGAAACUCUUCUAACAUAAGUGAUGGUGCUGCUGCACUAGUGUUGGUGAGCGGUGAAAAGGCACUUUCUCUUGGAUUGCAAGUUAUUGCAAAGGUCAGGGGAUUUGCUGAUUCAGCUCAGGCACCAGAAUGGUUUACAACGUCACCAGCCCUUGCAAUCCCAAAGGCGAUUUCAAAUGCUGGCUUGAACACAUCCCAAAUUGAUUACUAUGAAAUAAAUGAGGCAUUUUCUGUUGUAGCUCUUGCCAAUCAAAAACUUCUUGGUCUUAGCCUGGAUAAGCUAAACGUGCAUGGUGGAGCUGUGUCUUUAGGGCACCCAUUGGGUUGUAGUGGUGCUCGCAUAUUGGUGACUUUGUUAGGGGUUCUGAGAGAGAAGAAUGGUAGAUAUGGUGUUGGUAGCAUCUGCAAUGGGGGUGGAGGAGCUUCUGCUCUUGUUUUGGAGCUCAUGUAAGUAAUAAUACUUUGUUCUAAGCUCCAUCAAGUUAGGUUUUAUGAAUGAAAUUAUUUGAUUAUUAUACUAUGCAGGCCUAUUCUGAAGGUUGGACGUUCGACAUUAUGAAUGUCUCAAGAAAAAAGUUUUCUUUGAUAAUAUUUUUCUCUUUGUAAGCUGCUGCAUCUUAUAAUCUUACCUCCCAUUAUGGUCUUGUUUCACCACUUUUUCUUCCCUGUUGUGAAUAAUAAGAGUAUAUUAUUAUGAUAUUUUGAAGAUUUAAAGAAAGAGAACUCAGUUUUUAGUU